AUGCCUCAGAAUGUACGUCUGCUUUACUCAUCACAGUGCUCUGCGGGCUUCUUUUGCUCCCAUAGACAGAUUUUGACGCCGUGUCAAUGACUCUUAAAGUAGUGUGGUUUUGAGCAUGCACGAGAUCUUGACGCUUCAGCUGGGGCAGCGCGCAAACUAUCUGGCGACCCAUUUCUGGAACCUUCAGGAGUCAUAUUUUACUUACAACGGACAAGAGGAAUCUCCUGUAGACCAUGACGUCCACUUUCGCCCAGGCAUUGGGGCAGACGGGAGUGAAACAUACACGCCCCGGACGCUGAUUUAUGAUCUGAAGGGGGCAUUUGGCACCCUUCGAAAAAAUAAUGCCUUGUAUGAGCUAGCUGAGGAUUUAGCGCCCGGACAGGGCCUCUGGGAUGGUAAAGAAAUUCGGCAGGAAUUAGUUCCAAUCCCGCUGAGUGAUUAUCAAAAGAGCCUUGAUGCGGGAUCCCCAGCACCUCAACUUUCGUCAGAGACUGUUCGAUUCUGGUCUGACUACAAUAGAGUCUUUUACCAUCCUCGCUCAAUUGUGCAACUCAAUGAUUACGAGCUCAAUUCCGCAAUCAUGCCGUUUGAAGACUGGAACCUUGGGGAGGAUCUCUUCAACGAGCUCGACAAGGAGCAUGAUUUGCUCGAUCGGGACGUUCGUCCAUUUGCAGAAGAGUGUGACCAGCUACGUGCCUUGCAAAUAUUCACUUCAUCUGAUGAUGCUUGGGGCGGCUUCACAGCCAGGUAUGUGGACAGGCUAGUUGAUGAGUACGGAAAGAAGGCCGUCCUGCUGUGGGCUAUUGAAGAUGGUAGAAGGAUUCAUCAAACUGCCAAACUGAAACGUGAAACAAAUAAAGCUCGGUCAGUGUACUCUAUGUCGCCUGAAGCGACGAUGUACACGCCCAUUAUAGAUCCUCCCAGUCGAUUACCGAGCACCAUACGGGUCGACAAUAAUUCUGAAUGGUACACAUCGGCAUUGACCAGCAUUGCCAUGGAAAGCAUUACUCUUCCAACCCGACUACGGCCGUACCAGAAUUUCGAGUCCUUGCUAGCAGGCGAUGACAGCACUCGGCGUAUAUUUGAGCUACAGGCCUCAAUUGUCCCGCCAGCAAAGGACCAUAGGAAUGUGCAACGGCAGGCGUCGAAGCAACCCAAUAAAGUCGAAUCCUGCAAGUCAGGGUCAAUGGUAAGAACCGAAUUUGACUUGGAUUUUACAUAUGAUUCAGGCAGCAAUAAAUCGCACGUUCUCAAUCAGGUGCAAGUCUUGCGAGGUCUCGAGCCAGAUGAUAAAGAGGAAGAAUUGGCUGAAGCAGAUCUGGGGUUUGUAAGGAAGAUGCGGGUUUACAAAUCAGAGCCAAUGUUCCAUAGAUUCCACACGCCACUACAGUACCCAUUACUCGAUAGCUUCCCUAGCGACAUGAUCACCUUGUCAAUGCCCGAAAACAAACUGAGCAUUAUUUCCGCACUGACGACAUCCACUCGCACAGCUGAAAAGAUUAAAAACUUAGAGUCUGUGGCAGGUCGACUCAUAACUGUGGAUGAACGGGAGAAUCUUGUUAACGGGUUAGGAGAAAUCCGGGAGUCGUACGAGACCGGCUGGAUAAGCGACUCUGAUUUUGACGAUGAUUAAAGCUUCAUAGCAAUAAAUUCAUGGUUUAAUGAAAUCAAGAGCUGGAUUUAAUCUG